GCAGCUGCUACGUCACCGCGGUCUCUCCAGUCUCUCCAACCGAAGAUCUCAGUAAAGCUUGAGGCCCGUGGAAAAACAGUUUUUAUGGACUUUAAAAACGUUGCGGGCGGGAGCCCGUAAAGUGAGACGCACUUCUGUCUCCAUGGUGAUCGAGAGGACGCCCUGCCUCGGUGUCGCGGCGUACAGCUGAAGGGGGCGUGCACCAAUAGGUAACGACUACUCGUUCUCUAUGUUCAAUCGCAUAAAGGCUCAUGAAAUCCACGAUGGUAAGGACAACACGGCAUCAACUCGACAUCAGCAGAACUGGGAAGAUUACCAUCGAAUACAAAUCCAUUUUACAAUAACGUCUAUUACCCAUACCAGCCAGAGACACAAGGUACCCACUCAUCAGCUGGGAUCCCCUCCCUCCUAAACUCCCUCCUGAGCCAGCCCUCCUCCAGCAGCCGGUGUUUUCUUGCACCACCCCCGCCAGCCAUGUCUGUCUCCACAUCCACCACCAUCCCGCCCUUCAAAUUCCGGCCGCGGCGCGAGAGCGUUGACUGGCGCCGAAUCAGCGCGGUGGACGUGGACCUGGUGGCCAGCGAACUGGACUUCCAGACCCUGCAGGAGCACAUCACAGGGGUGACCUUCUGCAACGUGGAGGGAGAGCGUUGUGUCCGCUGCCAGAGCCCCGUGGACCCAGCGCUGCUCAAGCUCUUCCGCCUGGCCCAGCUGACAGUGGAGUACCUGCUGCACUCCCAGGAGUACUUGACCCUGAGCCUGUGGGUGGCUGAGGAGAGGCUGCAGACCCAGGCCCGCGAGCACCAGCAGCUCCUGGCCCAGCAGCAGAAGCAGGCGGACCAGGCCAAGAUACUGAAGACGGAGCUAAAGCAGAGGAAGAAAAUCAUUGCCCUCAACCAGCAGGCUAUGAUCAACAUGACUAAUUGCCAUAAGUGUCAACAUUGUGAUAAAGCCUUCAUGAAUUCCUCCUUUCUCCAGAAUCAUAUGCAACGUCGCCAUCCAGACGAGUACGACAGCCAGUUAAGGACAGUCAACCAGAGGAAAGUGAAGAGCAUUGCAGAUGAGGAGGAGAUCAGUCGGCUGAAAGGGCAGCUGAGUUACACCACAUCUGAGCUGGAGUCACAGAGGCAAGCCCUCUUGGCCAAAGCCUCUCAGGAAAGAGACCAGCAGUCCAUGCACCAGGAUUUGAUGAGAACGCUAGAGAUCUGGAAGGAAGAAGAACACAGGAAGAUGGAGGAGAUGAGAGAGGGUUUCCGGGGGGAGAUCGAGAUGCUUCACAACAGGAACGCUCUUCUUCAACAAAAAGUGGACCUCACGAUGACCACUCCUGAGAGGAGGCCCAGUCCUGCUCCCCAGCAGACUGACCAAGACAUGGAUGAAAAAAACAAGGUUGUGGUCCAGAAGAUGGAUCAGAAACACAAGAAACUGGAAGAAAGGUUUACAUCAAAAAUAGAAAAAAUGAAGGCUAACCAUGAGAGCGAGAAGAAUCAGUGGCAGGAUCAGUUUAGCAGGUUGGAGUCGUCUGUGGUGGAGUGGCAGCAGCAGAGCCAGAGGCAGAAGGAGGAGAGUGACCAGCGGCUUCAGGAGCGGGACCUAAUCAUCUUCUCUCAGAGAGAGCAGAUAAAGCAUAUGUCCUCAAAUCCACCUACUAAAUUAGUUGAAGUUCCAGUGAUCAUAACAGCCCCAGCACCAGAGCCUAAACCAAAGAGAGUAGUGAAGGACUCGUCCAGCGUGUCUGAGAAGAAGCCAGUUGUUGUAAUGAAGCAGCCGUCUUCGGUGACCAGUGUCCUGAGGAAGAACCCCAACAUCAAGAGGGAGCUGCGUCCCGCCCUGGAGCAGGCACUCCUAGAGAAGCUUGAGUCCCUGGGAGUCAAACCGGGGCUGAGGGGACUCGGAGGCAGUGAGUACAGUGAUCUCAUGGCUAAGGUGUGCAUGGAGAGAGAGAGUACAGCGAGGGACAUUCCGGACUACUGGCGUCACCGUGAGGAUGUGGCUCACACACUGCGUCUGAGACUGAAGGACAAGAGGACGGGGAGUGACUCUGCCCCCGAGCAGCGGGUCAAACCAAAACAACCCACUCAAGUGACCCAGGCCAGACAACGGUCCAGCAGCCUUUCCUCCAAGGUGACCCAAGUGAUGUCAGGACCACCAGCAGCGCCUGCCAAACAGCCUGCCCCCCGGACCCUUACCAGUACCCUGCCCAAGACCUCCACUCCCAAGACCCCUCCCUUCAGCUCAGACGACAAGUCAACAGAGGAGGAGGAGUCUGAAGAGGAGAAGCCACCUCAGAAACCCAGGCAGCAGCAGAGAGUCCCUCAUCACAGAGCGUCCCAGCCCAAACCAACACAACCCAAGACCACCCCCCAUCACAAACUCACCCAGUCCAAACCGGCCCAGGCCAGAUUUGGCCAGCCCAGGACCACCCAGGCUCAGCCAUAUAAACCCCAGCAGCCCAGAAGCGCUGCGGUCAACACAACCAAGAUGGGGGUCACUGUGGUAGAGAGUGAGGGAGAGUGGACAGAGGGGAGUGAGUUGGAGGAGAUCGACCCACAACAGCUCCAGAACUACAAAGACAAGAAUGGGAACGUACAGAAGACUACAAACAAUAACCUGGUCAAGGACUUGACUAAGAGCCUGGAGAAGGAGCUUGCAGACAGAGGACCAAAGAAGCCACUAGGGGGAGUGAGCACCUUACCAGAGAGGAAAGACAAAGACGUUGUACGGGAACUCAAGUAUACAAACGAUGAUGAUGAGGAUGACUGGGAUAUCUCCUCGUUGGAUGACCUAUCGGUACCCGCCCCUGUGGGCAAGCCCACCACCCCCGUGAGGAAGAGCCUGGACUCAGACAGCACUACCAGUGUCUGGGGAACAUCCACCGGGAAGGGACCGAAAACAGGUUUGAAUGAAGCAGGAACCGGCAGCACUCUGAAGAGCAGUCUGGUCUCUGUCAGCGACUGGAGUGACGAUGAUAUAUAGUAAUAUGGAGGUGAUACAGGUUUACAGUUCUACAAUGAUAAAACUCAAUAUGACGCCCAUAGGAAUUCUUUGGAAGGCAAAUAUACUUAUACAUGAAUUACCGAUACUGUUAGAAUUACAGUUGCAUAUAAAAGAGACUUAACGAAGAGAUCCUCUGCUCGGAACACAGUGGAUCUCUAGAGACAUACACCUAUGACAGUGGUAGCCAUCUGCCUUGUGGCGGUUUUCAGUGUUUUUAUUUCAUAUACAGAUUAUAUAUUAGCUAUAGUGAAUUGUCAACUUAGAGGUUUUAUGAAAUGUGAUAUUGCACUCCAUGUGAGGUACUUGUAUGAUUUGUGUCAAAACAAUUUACAUGGCAUUUGUAAGACAUUUGUGUGUCCUAUGAAAGAAAAUAAAAUGUGUUUUUGUAUCUAAAAUAUUUAUACA